GAAUGUAAAUGCUAUAUGGAAGAGACAGCUAGCAUUAUUUCUAUGAAUUCAUUGUAAAAUUCCAAUGACAUUUUGCUCUGAACUGAGAUUAUUAGCAAAAUUUCUGUGUCAUAAUCUGGAGUGUAUACAAAGUGAGUUUGUGUGCUAAUAAAACUUGGAUAAAUUUUCAGAAGUUUUUAGAUAAAAGGAAAAUUGGACAGAAAUACAGCAGCUGAAAAAAUAGCAAAGAUUAAAGAAUAGGAACAAAAAAUAUAUAGAAAUAUAGACAUAUUAUUAUUUCAGAAAUAAAUAUUGCAAAAACUAGAGGAAUUUUUCUGUUGGAGACAUGCCUAAAGACAGAGGAAAGCCAUCAUGUGAAUUUAAUAUCUGUGAAAAGUCAUUCUCUGAAAAUGGUAACCUAACAAAACGUAAGUGCAAUAAUACAAGGAAGAAGCAAUUUUGCUGCAAUAUCUGUGGGAAAUCAUUCUCUUUACGUAGUAGUUUAACAUUUCACCAACGAGUUCAUACGGAAGAGAAGCCAUAUGGAUGUGAUAUCUGUGGGAAAUCAUUCUCUGUACGUGGCAACUUAACAUCUCACCGUCGAGUUCAUACGGGAGAAAAGCCAUAUAGAUGUGAUAUCUGUGGGAAAUCCUUCUCUCAGAAUGGAAACCUAACUUCACACAAACGUAUUCAUACAGGAGAGAAUCCGUAUUGCUGUGAUAUCUUUGGUAAAUCAUUCUCUGUACAUACCAACUUAAUAUCUCACCGCCGUGUUCAUACAGGAGAAAAGCCGUAUCAAUGUAACAUCUGUGGCAAGUCGUUCUGUCAGAAUGCAAGCCUAACUACACACAAACGUAUUCAUACAGGUGAGACACCAAAUCACUGUGGUAUUCGUGGUAAAUCAUUCUCUCAAGGUAAUGAUUUAACUAAACAUAAGCGAAUUCAUACAGGACAGAAGCCGUAUCACUGUGAUAUCUGUGGUAAAUCAUUCUCUGCAAGUGGUGUGUUAAAAUCUCACCAACGUACUCAUACAGGAGAGAAGCCGUAUCACUGUGGUAUUUGUGGUAAAUCAUUCUCUCAAAGUGGUACUUUCAUAUCUCACAAGCGAAUUCAUACAGGAGAGAAGCCAUAUCCCUGUAAUAUCUGUGGUAAAUCAUUCUCUACGAAACCAUUUCAUUGUGACAUUUGUGGUAAAUCUUUCAUCAGAAAUAAUUCUUUAACAUCUCACCAACGUAUUCAUACAGGAGAGAAGCCAUAUCAGUGUGAUAUCUGUAGUAAAUCAUUCUCUGCAAGGGGUGUGUUAACAUCUCACCAACGUACUCAUGCAGAAGAGAAGCCAUAUCACUGUGAUAUUUGUGGUAAAUCAUUCUCUAAAAGCGAUGCUCUGAAGUCUCACAAGCGAAUUCAUACAGGGGAGAAACCAUAUUGCUGUAAUAUCUGUGGUAAAUCAUUCGCUCAAGGUUUUGACUUAACUAAACACAAACGAACUCAUACAGGAGAGAAGCCGUAUCACUGUGAUGUCUGCGGUAAAUCAUUCUCUUUGUCAUCAAGCCUAACUACACACAAACGUAUUCAU